AAUCCAAUGUUAAUUGAGCACGUGGUGCCUAUAUAACAGAACACAUGAUCGUUGUAGUUGAUUCGUUCAGUCUGACACCGUUAUGCUGUAUAUCAAAUAUCAUGUGAUAUUCUACUGCAUACUUUUACAUAAGUUUGCCGAUACGUAUAGGGCAUAUUUAAGAACAGUUUAAUGACAUACGAAUCGUGUAAAAGGCGAAACAAUGAUUUGAGUUGGAUUUACCACCAUUUUUGUAUCAGUUUAAAAAACCCUGAUCAGACUAGAUCUUGAGUAAUCGUGUGAACAUGUUUAGGUUAUUGUACUAGUUAUUGACUAAAGGUAGUGAGCGAAGUUCAUACUGAAGGUGUGUGUAUUUCAUUGAAAGAGAUUUACGAUGACCAAUAUUGUGGUAAACGGUUUGUGGAAGUGGUAAGGCAAACGCGUUAAGCAAAUUUAAAUUGACUCAAUAUCCACGUCAGUUUACUUUUUCAAGGUAAACGUUACUGAUCAUAUUGACGGACGAAAAACAGUCAGCGUGACAAUUGUCUUCAUAGCAUUACUGAUAAGCUACAUCGAACCGCAACGACUGAUGAAAAUCUUAGCGACAUUUUUUAAAAGCUCUUAGAGGAACAUAUCGAACCAUUAGUUUUUAGUUCAAACUGACGUUCCAACGAAAUGAGGACUAAUGGAACUUACUCACCCAUACUUGAAGCGUUGGUUUCCAUAGCGACCUUAGAAUGAUUCAAGGUGACCACUUGGACGUGCAAAAUGUGUCACCGUCUCCAGCGGCAUACGCAAGACUGUAUUCAUCUGUCGACAAUGAGUAUGCGCAAAAUGAAUAUCAAAACACUACUGCGGAAACGGAAAAUUACGCAAACGAAAAAACGCCGUUGCUUGGGGCUUCAUUUAUCAAUGAAUUACAAAAUGUUGAUGUCAUCAAAACGAAGUCACGUGACCGGUCAGGCUCGGAUACGUCUUCGUCGACGUCAUCUGAGGGUCUGUCGAUAUGGACGCUAUCGAGGGAGCAGAAAAUCAUCAUCGCCACCACGUCUUUUGUGGACCUUCUAAUGUUUCUCAGCAUUUCAAUCAUGGCGCCAUUUUUCCCGGAAGAGGCAUUAAGUAAAGGGGUAAGUGAUACUCUGUCGGGAUGGAUUUUUGGCACCUCUCCAUUCGUGCAGUUCCUUGUCUCGCCCUUCAUCGGAAAAUUGAUCCCGCAUACUGGUGUCAAGUUCAUGUUCCUCGCCGGCAUGUUCCUCUUCAGUGGCUGUACCGUUCUCUUUGGGGCCUUGACGUACGUUCCCACAGACCACGGUAACGGCGCCUUCAUAGCGUUGGCGUUCUGUCUCCAAGUGUUCAAGUCCGUCGGUACUGCGUGCGCAUCAACGGCCUCCUUUACGCUGCUCAUCCAUACUUUCCCUGACAACGUCUCUACCAUGUUCGGCAUCGGUGAGAUCUUCGUUGGGAUAGGACUUGUGUCUGGACCAGCAAUUGGCGGCGUGCUAUUUGGGCUUGGAGGGUUCAUCCUGCCGUUCGUCUCUGUCGGCGGCCUGGCCAUGCUGUCCAUACCACUGGUGGCGUACUCGGUGCCCUCCUCGGCGUCAGAGCUUCACACGCUCCCGGAAGAUGCGACAAGUAAGAGCCUUCCAAGGGGUCUUCUGUGUCAGACCGGGGCCUUCCUGAUCUGUCUAUGUGUGGUCAGCAGCACCGUCAUGUGGGCAAUACUGGACCCCACCCUGGAGCCCUUCCUCAGAAAGUUCAAGCUGUCACCGGAAGUGAUUGGCGUGCUGUUUCUCGUCAUGGCGGCAACGUACGCCGCGUCCUCGCCGCUGUGGGGAUGGUUGUCGGAUAAAGUGAGCGAUGAAAGACCCCUGCUGAUUCUGGGAUUUUUAGGCGCGUGUUUAGGCUCGUUGCUGAUUGGUCCAUCGCCUCUGCUCGGCAUUGCUGAAGGGUCUAGCGGUCUGUGGUUGGUAAUAGUUGCCUUGGUGAUCAUGGGUGUUUCGGCGAGUCUGUCCAGUGUCCCAACGUUUGACAUGCUCCUCACAGUUGCCCAAGAUUCCGGUUUUGAGGACACGACCAGCACCUACAGCAUGGUGGCGGGGGUCUGGAUGUCUGUCUAUUCACUCGGUGACUUUAUUGGUCCGUCUGUCGGUGGUGUACUUCUGGAUACUGUCGGCUUUGAAUUGAUGACCACGUUUUCAGCGGGACUGUGUUUGUUUAUGGCUUUCAUCUUGAGUUUAAAUUGGAUGCUAGACUGGCAAUGCUGCAAACGAUGUCGAAAUGGAGACGAUAAUGAAGUGUUAUAAUCAUAAACUCGUUCCAAAAAGGGAACAUAGCCUCAGGAGUGCGUCUUCCAAUGUUUGUAUCGUCGAGGACACAACUAUUUAAAUAGUGUAUUAUACGUGUUCUUUUCGACACGCUUUGACAAAAAUCGACUUCGCUUACUCAUCUAUGUUAGUCCAGCAAACAUAGUUGAAAUUAAACGUGUGCUUUAUGAGAUGAAGUGGACCCAAUAAGGCGUUUGGGUUGUUAGCAAGAAGAUUUUGAGCCAAUUAAAAAUAAAGUUUUCCCAAAAGAAAAUUGAAUGUGAAUGGAUCUGUCAUAUCGCCCAAUCAUUUUCCUUCGCUGUCUCUUGGGUUGCCCGUGAUUAACAGUGAACGUAUACAAAUUGGUGUAAUUGGUGUUAAGUUUGUAAUUUUGGAUGAAUUUGAAAUAGUGACAACUGAAGGGGUUGAGUUAAACUCCGUGUGUCGAACUAGAACUCAAAUGUCAUUGACACAUCUAAGUUUGAACAGUUCCCACGUGUGUAUUCUGAUACUGACACAGUACAAUAAUGAAUAUUUUUGCAUGACAACUACAUAAUUUGAACCAUUAAACAAAGAUGGAAUUCCUGUAAAAAUAAAGGUUAUGAUUCGUCAUUGUUAAUGAAAGUUGUAAUCGGGAUGUCGGUGUACAAAUAAAUGAGCAAUUAGUGAAAACUUGCCACAGUAUCGAAACAUUUUGUAUAGAAGCAAAGGACGGUCGGUUUAAGAGUGGUAUUUAGUAAACAUUCUUCAUACGAAUGCAUAAUUAUUAUGAAAAGUUUAUCUCAUGUUACAUCUUUAUGAACUAGCUCUAUUAAAAUGGUCAUAAUUCUGAUUGUACAUAUAAUAUAUUUAUACUUGUAUCAUAUUUGUUUGAGUCAUUUAAACUCAUUUUUUUUUGUUAUUUAUAUUUUGAAAAACACUUACUCGUAACGCAGUAUAAACAUUUCAUUUUAACACUAUUGUAAUGGAUGCCAUUUGCUAAAAGAGACACUAUCGGGUUUGUUUCCUGUGAAGAAUCAGUACUUGGAAAGAUCCGAAGAACGCUCUCCAACACCAUAUCAAUUACAGCAACACGACUGCUAUACAUCGCAUAACAUGCCGUGGUACAGCACCACGACUAGUAUACAUCGCAUAACAUGCCGUGGUACAGCACCACGACUGCUAUACAUCGCAUAACAUGCCGUGGUACAGCACCACGACUGCUAUACAUCGCAUAACAUGCCGUGGUACAGCACCACGACUAGUAUACAUCGCAUAACAUGCCGUGGUACAGCACCACGACUAGUAUACAUCGCAUAACAUGCCGUGGUACAGCACCACGACUAGUAUACAUCGCAUAACAUGCCGUGGUACAUAUCUGUUUGAUCUCCUGAUAGUGUUAUGUACUCUUUUUUUUAUCAAUGACCCACUGUGUAUUUAUUGUUUUAUUUAAUAUGCCAUCGCGUGAAGGUUUCUAAUUAUAUUGAUUAAUCAUAGUGCAAUAUAAAUAUAUUUGCAUUGCCAUAGCUACUUAAACGAAUCAAAUAAAUAAAAUAUUAAUCAAUGCCUGUGCAGUCCGAUUUGGCUUAUCAAAACGACACCGCUUUUCUAAAAUGUUUCUGUUAAAGAGGGUAUCUUUCAAGCGAUGAUUCAGAUAGGGUGGAAAGUUUCGUUCCUGAUUAAAUUUUACGGGAAGCGGAGAACGACAACGAGCGAUACCAGGCCUCACUCGUUGUGGUUGUCCGCUUCCCAAAUUUUACGGACUGCAAAGUUUAAUCUAGGACGAUAUUUUACGCACAUGCAUUAAUCCCGGGUUUCGAAGAGACCGGUCCAGAUAGUAUUAUAUUAGAUGACAACAGGUUGUAUUGAUUAUGCAGGAUUGUGACUUUUCAUUAUCACUGAUAUACAAGUUUCACUAUGUUUUCUUUGUCAAGUUAUUGAGUGCUUUUUCAUUUCAUGUUUUCAUUUUUUUAAUACAAGACAUGUGUAUUUGUUUAUGAGCAAGCUCUUAUGUGAUACUCAUUGUUCUUAAUGUAACCAUAAUUUAUUAACCCUUAAAGCGCUGGAGCUGAAUUUUAAAGGCCUUUGCAAACAGUUUGGAUCCAGAUGAGACGCCACAGAACGUGGCGUCUCAUCUGGAUCCAAACUGUUUGCUAUUCUGAUAGUAUUCUUUGAAAAAAAAUGAAGAAAAUGCUAAUUUUAGAAAUUCUGCAGACGACAUUUAAGCAGACGACAAAUUUCCCAGCAUGCAAAGGGUUAACAUGUGUUAUCGCAGUAGAUGGAGUCAUAAGGAUUUAUAAUAAGUAGAUUGUGAUAUGUAUAUCUUACACAUAUGAACGUUACUGUGCAUGUAAUACUAUGCGUUAACACGCUUUGCACAAAGUUUACAGUGAUGUACUUCGUUUAGAAAAAUAAAUAAAUUAAAAUAUUCA